GAUGGAGCCAAUUAAAAUGCCUGUCAGGCAUUUGGUACCAGAAGUCCCCUUGGCAAACCGCUAAAUCCUAAGCCAGGGCACCAUCCUAUUGUCAGUGAAUGAUGGCGGAGCUGAGUGGCUUGUCAUCAUUCUCGAAAAUUCCGAGCCUAGUGAGCUCUCUCUCCCUCUCCUAUUCGCCUUAUUUUCCUUUCCGCCACUGCGGGGACUUUUUUUAAUUUGCAGCUUCCCUUUCCCCGGCACACACAGACAGGAGCUGGUGGCUUUCAGACUGCGUCUGUCUGGAGCUAGAGAGACACAGCAGAGGGAGUGUUCUUGGGGAAGGGUUCUGCAGCAGCAGUUCCAGCGGAUUGGAUUCAGGGGGCAUUGCUGCCUAUGCACUGAUUCUUCAGCUUGACUCUAGCAGAGGACGCACUGAUUAGGAGCCACUCAAUCAGAAAAUUAAAAGAAAGAAGCCAGAACAUACUAGCAGUCCUUUGAGAACAAAACAAAUAUCAGUACUUCAUAACUUCCUUGAAUAGGAGACAGUACAAAGCUCUGGAGGAUGGCUGAUGAGCGGAAAGACGAUGGAAAGGCGCCACACUGGACGUCAGCCUCACUGACCGAGGCAGCUGCACACCCUCACCCUCCAGAGAUGAAGGACCAAGGCGGGGCAGGGGAAGGGCUGAGCCGCAGCGCCAAUGGAUUUCCAUACAGAGAGGAGGAGGAGGGCGCCUUUGGGGAGCACGGGUCACAGGGCACCUAUUCAGAUACCAAAGAGAACGGCAUCAAUGGAGAGCUGACCUCGGCUGACAGAGAAACAGCAGAGGAGGUGUCUGCAAGGAUAGUUCAAGUAGUCACAGCUGAAGCCGUAGCAGUCCUGAAAGGUGAACAAGAGAAGGAAACCCAACACAAAGACCAGCCUGCAGCUCUGCCUUUAGCAGCUGAAGAAACAGCUCAUCUGCCACCUUCCCCACCGCCAUCGCCAGCCUCGGAACAAACAGUUGCAGUAGAGGAAGAUUUACUUACAGCCUCGAAGAUGGAAUUCCCAGAGCAGCAGAAAUUGACUUCCUCUUUCGCUGAGCCUUUAGACAAGGGAGAAAAGGAGUGGGAGAUGCAAAGUAAGCCUGGUGAAGACUUUGAACAUGCUGCCUUAGUUCCUCAGCCAGAGGCAACUGUAACUUCCCAAGAUAAAAAGGAUCUCCAAGGCACGGAAGGAGAAAAGUCGCCUUUUGCGCACACUUUUGGUACCAACCUGGAAGACAUAAAACAGAACACAGAACCAAGCAUGGCAGUACCCAGCAUUGGCCUCUCUGCAGUGCCUCUGGCUCCAAAAGAGCAGAAAGACUGGUUCAUUGAAAUGCCAGUGGAAUCAAAGAAGGAUGAAUGGGGUUUAGCUGCCCCAAUAUCUCCUGGCCCCCUGACACCCAUGAGGGAAAAAGAUGUGCUGGAGGAUAUCCCGAGAUGGGAAGGGAAGCAGUUUGAUUCUCCCAUGCCAAGUCCCUUUCAUGGUGGAAGCUUCACUCUUCCUUUAGAUAAGAAUGAAAGAGUCACAGGAGAACCACAACCCUUGGCUCCUUUCUUCUUCCAAGCAGCUGACAAAACAUCUCUGCAGGACACCAGUGGCCUAGCUACUGCCAAAGAUAGUUCUGGCGAGGAGAAGCCACAGAAAGAUAAAGCAGACAGUGUGGUAGAUAUCCCAGUCACAGAAGCUGCCACCACACCCAAAGAUGCUCAUGGUCCAGUUGUGGAAGGCUAUGCCACAGAAAGUGUUUCAAGGGAAGAAAAGGGUGCCACAAACCAAGAGAAAAACGAAACUUGGACUCCCAGCAGACAAGAACCUACACUCACUGAAAAUGAACCAGAGACAAAGCUUGAGGAGAAAUUAUUGGUUUCCAUCGAAGAAGCAGUGGUAAAAGAUCACGGACCCACCAAAUUGAGAGAUGAUGAAACAGCCAUCAUUCAGCCCCCCACCGAGCAGUCUUCCUCCCAAGAAGAACAGAAAGGCCAAGAGCAUGUGACAGAUGAGUUAAAACAGGGCUCCUUCCCUCUAAGUCUCCAACAAGCACUUUUAGAUCCAGCCAUGACCUCUGAGACCUUGGGAAAAAUUACAUCUGAGCCAGAGGCAGUAAGUGAAAUGAGAGGAAGCCGUGGGCUUUUUGAGGACACUGUAGCUGGCAAAGAUGAGUUCGAAGGAGUUGGGGCUGCAACAGUAGCUGAGGUUGGCAUGCCAUUUUAUGAAGAUAAAUCAGGAAUGUCCAAGUACUUUGAAACAUCUGCAUUGAAAGAAGAUGUGACAAAAAGCCGGCAACUGGGCAGUGAUUACUAUGAACUGAGUGAUUCGAGAGGCAGUGCCCAGGAGUCCCUUGAUACUGUAUCUCCCAAGCAUGGUGAAAAGGAAAAAGAAUCCCAGCCCAGUGCUCCAGCACAAGAAGCAGGGUAUAGCACUCUUGCCCAGAGUUAUCCAUCUGAAUUACCUGAAGAACCAAGUUCUCCUCAAGAAAGAAUGUUCACUAUUGACCCAAAAGUUUACGGGGAGAAAAGGGACCUUCACAGUAAGAAUAAAGAUGAUUUGACACUUAGUCGAAGUUUAGGGCUUGGUGGUAGGUCUGCAAUAGAACAAAGAAGCAUGUCCAUCAACUUGCCUAUGUCUUGCCUCGAUUCCAUUGCCCUUGGGUUUAACUUCGGCCGGGGCCAUGAUCUUUCCCCUCUGGCUUCCGAUAUUCUAACUAACACGAGCGGAAGCAUGGAUGAAGGAGAUGAUUAUCUUCCCCCCACCACACCUGCCGUGGAGAAAGCCCCUUGCUUUCCAAUAGAAAGCAAAGAGGAGGAAGAGAAGGCAGAAGAAGCAAAAGUGACUGGAAAGCAAACUAUUCAAAUUGAGACUUCCUCUGAGACACCUUUCCCAGCCAAAGAGUAUUACAAAAAUGGUACCGUCAUGGCCCCUGACCUGCCCGAGAUGCUUGAUCUGGCAGGAACCAGGUCCAGAUUAGCUUCUGUGAGUGCAGAUGCUGAGGUUGCCAGGAGGAAAUCAGUCCCAUCAGAGGCUGUGGUUGCAGAGAGUAGUACCGGUUUGCCACCUGUCGCUGAUGAAGACCAAGUCACUGCCAAACCAGACAGUCAACUGGAAGACAUGGGAUACUGUGUGUUCAAUAAAUACACAGUCCCUCUCCCAUCUCCAGUUCAAGACAGUGAGAAUUUGUCGGGAGAGAGUGGUUCGUUUUAUGAAGGAAGCGAAGACAAAGUCCGCAGAGAUUUGGCAACAGACCUUUCAUUGAUUGAAGUAAAACUUGCUGCCGCUGGAAGAGUCAAAGGUGAGUUCCCUGCUGAGAAAGAGGCAUCUCCUACCACUUCUGCUGACAAGUCAGGACUGAGUAGGGAGCUUGACCAUGACAGGAAAGCUAAUGACAAACUGGAUACUGUUCUAGAAAAGGGUGAAGAGCAUGUUGAAUCAAAAGAACAUGCCAAGGAGACUGAAGAGGCUGGUGAGAAAGUGGAGCUCUUCGGAUUAGGUGUAACCCAUGAGCCAGUCUCCACCCAAGAACUGUCAACAGCUGAAGAUACAUCCCCUGAGAAAGCAGCAAAAGGUCUCAGUUCAGUGCCCGAGGUAGCUGAGGUAGAACCAACCACAAAGGCUGAUCAAGGGCUCGAUUUUGCUGUGAAGAAAGCUGAGCCGAGUCAGCUGGAAAUCAAAGUCAGUGACUUUGGACAGAUGGCUUCCGGGAUGAAUGUAGACGCUGGGAAAGCCACAGAGCUCACGUUUGAGGUUUCUCAGGAGCUGACCCUCUCACCCAAAGGACCUCAAGAAGAGGAUUCAUUCAUAGGUGUUGAGUCUGGCCACAUGAAAGAAGGUGUCAAAGUCAAUGAAACGGAAGUCAAAGAGAAGGUGGCAAAGCCUGACCUGGUGCAUCAGGAGGCUGUGGACAAAGAAGAGUCCUAUGAGUCUAGUGGUGAGCAUGAGAGCCUCACGAUGGAGUCCCUGAAGCCCGAUGAGGGCAAGAAGGAAACCUCUCCAGAGUCAUCCCUGAUUCAAGAUGACGUUGCCCUCAAACUGUCUGUGGAAAUCCCUUGCCCAGCUCCUGUUUCAGAGGCUGAUUUAUCCACUGAUGAGAAAGCCGAGGUCCAAAUGGAAUUUAUUCAGCUGCCCAAGGAAGAAAGCACGGAGACUCCAGAUAUACCCGCCAUACCUUCUGAUGUCACCCAGCCACAGCCUGAAGCAACUGUGUCUGAACCCGCAGAGGUCCCAAGUGAGGAAGAGAUAGAAGCUAGGGGAGAAUAUGACAAGCUGCUCUUCCGCUCAGACACCCUUCAGAUUACUGACCUGGUUGCCCCGGGAAGUAGGGAGGAAUUUGUGGACACCUGCCCGGGUGAGCACAAAGGUGUAAUUGAGUCUGUGGUGACCAUCGAGGAUGAUUUCAUCACUGUAGUGCAAACGACAACCGAUGAAGGCGAGUCGGGGUCCCACAGUGUGCGCUUUGCGGCUCUGGCUCAGCCCGAGGAGGAAAGGAGACCGUGCCCUCCCGAGGAGGAACUUGAGGUAGAAAUGGCAGCAGAAGCCCAGGCAGAACCCAAGGAUGGCUCUCCCGAUGCCCCGGCUACCCCUGAGAGAGAAGAGGUUGCAUUCUCAGAAUACAAAACAGAAACCUACGACGAUUACAAAGACGAGACCACCAUUGACGACUCCAUCAUGGAUGCCGACAGCCUGUGGGUGGACACUCAAGAUGAUGAUAGAAGCAUCAUGACAGAACAGUUAGAAACUAUUCCUAAAGAGGAGAAAGCUGAGAAGGAAGCUCGGAGGCCAUCUCUCGAGAAACCUAGAAAAGAAAAACCCUUUAAAACCGGGAGAGGCAGAAUUUCCACCCCUGAAAGAAAAGUAGCUAAAAAGGAACCUAGCACGGUCUCCAGGGAUGAAGUGAGAAGGAAAAAAGCAGUUUAUAAGAAGGCUGAACUUGCUAAAAAAACAGAAGUUCAGGCCCACUCUCCUUCCAGGAAAUUCAUUUUAAAACCUGCUAUCAAAUACACUAGACCAACUCAUCUCUCCUGUGUUAAGCGGAGAACCACAGCAGCAAGUGGCGAAUCAGCUCAGGCUCCCAGUGCUUUUAAACAGGCAAAAGACAAAGCCACUGAUGGAGUCACCAAGAGUCCGGAAAAGCGCUCUUCCCUCCCUAGACCUUCCUCCAUCUUACCUCCUCGCCGAGGCGUAUCGGGAGACAGGGACGAGAACUCAUUCUCUCUGAACAGCUCCAUCUCCUCAGCACGACGGACCACCAGGUCAGAACCAAUUCGCAGAGCGGGAAAGAGUGGCACCUCAACUCCUACCACCCCUGGAUCCACCGCAAUCACGCCUGGCACUCCCCCAAGCUACUCUUCACGUACCCCAGGCACUCCUGGGACCCCCAGCUAUCCCAGGACCCCGCAUACACCAGGAACCCCAAAAUCUGCCAUCUUGGUGCCCAGUGAGAAGAAAGUGGCCAUCAUCCGCACUCCUCCAAAGUCCCCAGCUACUCCCAAGCAGCUACGGCUUAUUAACCAACCACUGCCAGACCUGAAGAAUGUCAAAUCCAAAAUCGGAUCAACGGACAACAUCAAAUACCAGCCUAAAGGGGGUCAGGUUAGAAUUUUAAACAAGAAGAUCGAUUUUAGCAAAGUUCAGUCAAGAUGUGGUUCCAAGGAUAACAUCAAACAUUCUGCUGGGGGCGGAAAUGUACAAAUUGUUACUAAGAAGAUAGACCUAAGCCAUGUGACAUCCAAAUGUGGCUCUCUGAAGAACAUCCGUCACAGGCCAGGUGGUGGACGUGUGAAAAUUGAAAGUGUAAAACUGGAUUUCAAGGAAAAGGCCCAAGCUAAAGUCGGUUCCCUUGACAAUGCUCACCAUGUCCCUGGGGGUGGUAAUGUGAAGAUUGACAGCCAAAAGUUGAACUUCAGAGAGCACGCAAAGGCCCGUGUAGACCAUGGGGCUGAGAUCAUCACACAGUCCCCAAGCAGGUCGAGCGUGGCAUCACCCCGACGACUCAGCAACGUCUCCUCUUCUGGAAGCAUCAACCUGCUCGAGUCCCCUCAGCUUGCCACUUUGGCUGAGGAUGUCACUGCCGCGCUUGCUAAGCAGGGCUUGUGAAUGCUUCCCCUUUAGCACUGGGGUAAUAUUUAGGCAUGAGCUCUUGGCAGGAGUGGGCUCUGAGCAGGUGUCAUAUUCAUUCUUUACAAACCAUAGAUAAAUAAUCUCACCCCCAAACUGUAGUAAUUGUUACAAUUUUAUAUAAAAAAAUGAAUAGUAUAUGCAGAAAAUUACCUGAUUUCCAUCUGCAACAGGAACACAUGGCUUUACAUGGAUACAAUUGGACAAUUAUUUUCGCUCUGCUGUUUUGCAUGGAGUAUUAUUAUUAUUAUUUUUUAAAUUGCAUUUUUACCUUUCAUGUGCCUGAAGGCUAUCCAACUCAUUCUGAAAGGCCUUGUUAAAAAUCCAAGCUGCUCAUUUCACUAUUCUGUUCAUGGUUGAAAAGAUUAAAAAACCGCCCAUUGUCCCUUACUACAGGUUGAAUGAAAUCAAGCAGUCUGAAGGCAUCUGACUGGGGGAAGGAAAGAGCAUGUAAGAAACACAUGUUUUAAAGUGUUAUUUUGUAUAAAUGGGAAGAAAGAUGGAACUAAGUUAUUAACAUUUGGGACCUGGAUGAUGAUAUCAGAGUAUGCCAUUCCAAUAAAUUAUUUAACUAAAAACUAGAUAUAAAGCAUUUGAGCUCUGGUUGAAGAAGUGGUGUCAGAGCGCAUUUCUUAGGGCCGAUGCACUCUCGUUAGGAUGGCCUUGUGUCUGAUUAGAAAGUUGGUUGAUUGGCUAGAUUUGUGUUCACACAAUCAGUUUCAAACCCCUAUUCCAUCUGUUUGAUACAGUAUUAUAGAUAUAAAUAUAUAUAUAUUUCUCUGUGGCCAUUUGUGAUACUUCCUCAUAUACUUGAAUAUGAUACUUCUUUAUUCACAGUAUCUGUGUCUCCUACACCCUUUGGUGUUGCAAUUUUAGGUAUGUGAAAGUAGCUGUUAGCAGGGUUCUCUCCCUAGUUAAAAAUACAUUUGAAAAAAGACAAAACAUUUUAGCAUGAAGUUGCUUUCUGUAACAACUCAAAGCUGUAACCCUGUUUCAGUGCCAGAAUCAAGUCUUUCCUGUGAUGCUAGAAAAGUUUAUUUUUCUUUGCUUUCACCAACAUGGAGUUUGUGGAGUGGGUCCAGUUAUACAUAAAAGGGUUUACAGAUUGUUGGUUCAAAGAUUAUGGAUUGAUCACAUGUUUAAUCACCAAAUAGUUUGGAUUUUAAUCCUGUAAUCAUUCGUGAAACUGAUUCCUUCUUCUUUGUUUCCUCCCUUUUUUCUUUUCCUUUUUUUUCCAUUUGCUAAAGUUGAAACUAUGAAUUUUGGAUAUGUUUUCCUGUUCUCCAAAUUGUAUUUGUUCAUUAAAUUCUCUGAUAGAAGAUAUUUGGCUUUCUUACCCCUCAGAUCCCUUGAUCAAAAAAGAAAAACACAGCAUAUUGAGAAGCUACAUAUGUAAAACCCUUGAGACACAGAUAUCUAAAUCCAUCUUUCUAGGAUUCAACAUCACAGUCUGUACAAAAAUAUGGUAUGACUUAUUUAUCAGUAAAUACUAUUUUUUAUUUUAUAUGUCUAGACAUCACAAUCAGUUGAUUCAUUUACAAAUUGUAUUUGAUGAAUAAGCAAUAGUCAAUGGCCCAAAAUAGAACAAAACAUUAUCAAAUUGGGUGGACUUUUUUUUAUAUAUUUUAUUCAAUCUUUUUCUUGCCUGGGAUUGGUAGGCUGAAUCUGAAAAAUUAAAUACAAAAAAAUUGACUAAGUUUUUUAUGUCUAUGAAGCAAGCCAAGCUCUACAUGUAAGGGAGAAGGUGAACUAGAACAGGACAGGUGUAAGAGUGUUUAAGAGAGAAGUCAAGAGGAUGCAAAGCAGAGAGACACUGGUGUGGCAUUUGGUGACCCAUUGAGUAUGAGUAUUUGACCACUGUAACAGUCAAAAAGAAAACUCAACAUCAAACCAAGGCAGUCUUCUCAGCUAGGAAGUUGACACACCCAAAAAGGAUGUCUUUGUUUGUAAAUAACUUAUUUUUGAAAUAACUCUAACGUCUGUUUUCACUCUGGACAAUUCAUUCAUUCAUUCUCUUGAAAUGUACGGAAAUGGAAGAUGGGAUAAUGAUGUGUGGAGAAGUACAUUCUUUUCUUACAUGUCUUGAUAGUGCUAGACAGGGAUUAAAGUUACCUAGGAAAAAAGAAAUUAGCAGAUGGUUAGUGUAAUUUUAAACUAUGAGGAAAAUAAUUUCAACUUGGUUUAUUAUAAAAAUUAAGGCUAGGCAAACAUGUUCUAAGUGUUAAAAUUCAGUUUCUUGCAAUGUGUGUUCAAAAUAAAAUUAUGUAAGCCCCAAGUGAAUAGAUUUGGCACCAAAAUAAUCACUUAUUUCAAAUGCUAAUACAAUUAUAACAAAUACAAAUCCUUUCUUUGUACGAAAACGUGAUCCUAUAAAAAUUAACAUAAAGGGACUGACUUUUUGAAUCCAGACAGAGGCAGAGAAAUGCACAGGCUAAAAACAUUUUCUUAUGGGAAUAUGGGAUGGAUCCCACCUUACCUACUCUCUUAAGAUAAUGACUCAAAUUAAGCUUUUUGGACACCACUUUUGUGGGGAUACACAUACGCUGAUCUAGAAAUGAAAGCUUCACAGUUCCAUUUCCAGAUCGACUCAUGCCAGUUUCUCUCUGGCUUUAGCCUCUGAGAACCUGUUUAAGAAUACGUAAGUAUCCAGAGUUCUGAAGAGUUCAAAGGCCAACUUUUGCAAUAAACUCACACACUCUGGGUCUCCUGCAACCGAAAAUUGGGUACCUUUCAACAAUGCAGGAAGGAUCCGAGUUCAUGAUGAGUUUCAAAGGCCGUGUUCACUUACGAACAGACUCUUUCUGGAUCUGCCUGCUGGGUUCCAGCAGGAUGGUGGGCUGAAAUCCCACCCAUAGGAAAGAUGCCUGUGUAAUUCCAGCUGAGUUUGGCUGAAGGUAGCUGAAGGAAGAGGUCCAGCACACUGAAAAGUAGACUAUAGUUGGCCUUCUACACACACACACACACACACACACACACACACACAAACACACAAACA